GUAAUGUACCCGAAGUGCAAGUUAGGUAGAGCAAAGAGAAGAGUAAUCGUCCAACGUAAUACCCUACCAUCAUCAUCGUCAUCAUCAUCAUCAUCAUCGCCAACAUAUGACCCGCGGGGCCCAAACAAACAGCGAUGUCGGUCCAACACUUGCAACUUGAGCCGAGCGUUGUUGUUCACCCGCGAGAAUGGCAUGCCGCGGGAUUAUCGCUGCGUUCCUGCUAAUGGCGGCUAUGGCUAUGGCUACACUAACGUAGCUCGUGCUUGGGCAUCAUCCAUCGUGACCAUGCACAUCUUGCUGCUUGCACUUUCUCCAAGUGCUCUUUUUGUUUUUAAACCUCUUACUGGGAUUCUUAGGGGUGAUCUUCGGGGGUGGGCUGACCGAACUUAA